CAAGAAGGAUCCCGUAACCUCGAAGGCGCCAAUAUUGGUUCAGGAGGUGGCGGUGAAAAUGGCGGCGGAAGUGGAAAAGAUGGCAGUGGGAGGCAAGGGAAAGGAGACGGCGAAGGAGAGGAUUCUAGCUCAGAAGGUACCAAGAAACAAAAUCGUCAGAGAAAACCAGGUGAUGCUGAUGGAGAUGACGGAAAUGGUAGCGGAGAGAGUGGAGGAGGCGACGGCAAACGAGGAAAGGAUGGAAAAGGAGGAAAGCAUGGAGCAGGAGGCGGGAAGGGGAAAGGAAAUGGUGGCGAUUCUAGAGCUGAGGAGGGGGACGAUGGACAUACUGAUGCAGGAGCAGGAGACCUAGGAAAGGGCCUCGGUAAGAAAAAAGAGGCAGGAAAAGGAGACGAUGGUGAUGGUAGACGAGGAGGAAAGGGAGACAGUACCGGAAAUGGUGAAACAGGAGGUGAUGGCGACGGAGGAGCUGGCAAAGCUGCAAAAGGAGGAGACGGUGGAAAAGGUGGAGGUGGAAACGGUACUGACGGUCUAGGUGGAGCAGGUCCGAGUGCUGGUGUUGACAGCGGUGACAGUGGAGCUGGAACUGGAGGCCUCGGUGGAAAACAGGGCGGUGAAGGAGCAGGUGAACGCGGUUCUGGCCUUGGAAAGGAUGCCAACAAAGGAAAUGGAAAAGGUGGUGACGGCUCCAAGGACGGAGAUGACGGCGACUCUGGAAGUGGAGGCGGUCUCGGAGCAGGAGAUGGAAAAAAUGGCAAAUCAGGAGGAGACGGAAAGACUGGCAACGGCUCAGGAGAUGGAGGUGAUGGAGGCGCCGGUGGAAAGGGUGCAGGUGUGAACGGAGGACGAGCUGGAUCUGGAGGAGACGGUGCCGAUAAGAUGCGAGGAAAUGGUACCGAUGAUGGAAAAGAUGGUCGAGGUGGAGCAGGUGGAUCUGGCGGAAAAGCGGGAGGAUUGGGCGGCGCGGAUGGAGGAGCAGGUGGUGAUGGAAAAGACGGAGAAGAUGGUAGAGGUGGAGCUGGUGGUGGUGCUAAAGGAGCCACGACUGCUGGAAAGGACGGAGCACCUGGUGACGGAAGUGAGAAAGAUGGAAAAACUGGACGUGGACCUGGUGACGGAAGUGGCGGAGAUGGCGGAAAGGGUGGAAGCGGUGGAGUAAGGAUGGAGCACGGCGCUGCGAAAACUCGUGGAAAAAUUCAAAGUCGGCAAGAAGUUACGGAAGAUCCUACUGCUGCCGGUGGUGGCGGAACAACUAAGAGAACUAUUGAUAAAUCAAGUGGAAGUACAACCCCUGACAGCGCUAACGGACAAAAGACCACCCCUGAUGGAACCAAAGUAACGAAAGACGGUUCCGCUUCGGGUACAACGUCUGAAGAAGUGAAAUGGACCGAUGAUGAUGGAAUGGAUGUAUCAGAUGUCCUUACGACCGAUCAGUUCGUCGCCUCUUCGGCUCCUAAAGUGGACACCACAACUGCUCGAACAAUUUCAGCAGGAUCAGGAGCAACAGGUAGAGCAGCAGGUCCACCAGGACAGACACUGCUCACUUCUGGACCGCUAGCAGGAAAAACUGAUACAAAAGGUGCUGCGCCGAAGGCUGCCGCCGCUGGAGCCGCUGGAAGCGCUGGAGCAUCUGCUUCGAGUGCGUCUGCCGCUGCAAAGGCUACCUCUGCCGCUCCCAAGCCUGCCACUACCACUGCGAAGGCUACAACAAAACCUUCUCAAAGACCAGCUCCGACUACUACCAAGUCUCCUAAGGCCCAAACAGGUUCCAGUCGGAUUUUGAACCGAGCUAGAGCUGGCGGAAACACCAAUGCGGCUGCAGCCAAUAAUGGUGAAGCAGCUGCACAACCGGAGCCUGGUGAGUAUGUUACCAUUUAUUUUCUGCACCGUAUUUAUGUGAAUGAUAGAGGUUCUUCUACCUACCUCGUCGUUGAAUAUUUACAGCAGCUGCUCCAGCUCCAGCUCCAGCAGCAGCUCCAGCUCCUGCUGCCGACCCACCAUCUGCAGGUGCCGCCAUGGACCGUUUGA